AUCCACGAUACAACCCCUAAUAUCGCAACCCCGAUCGCUGCACCGCAGCCCCGUUCGUUGCAUUGCGUGCACCGGACUCGCUGGACGCGUUCGCUCGUGGCGAUCCUCGUCUCUCGAUCUCUUUCGACCCCCGAGAACUGCGACGAUUUGAUAAAACCGCAAGAAUUUCUCGCCCGUCGCGGUUAUUGAUAUGAUCGAAGGGUGGAACGGACGAUCCAUACGUCGUACAUUCAGACAUUAUAGAAAUUAAACUAGUUAAAUGUAGAUAGAGAGAGAGAGAGAGAGAGAGAUUGAGGGCGGAAGGGAGAUAACGCGCAGUAGUCCGCGAUGGGCGUGUCGUCUGUACAAACGCGGAGGAAAGUUUCGCGAGGGGUCGAUGAUCGGCCCGUAACGCCUCGAUCGAUAGAUCGACCGGCCGCAGUCACCUCGAGAAAGAUCGUACGAUCGAAGCCAGGGAACGUUUGCUCGUCCAUCGUCUUUCUACGCGGACGUCCGAUGCUCUGGAUUAUAUUCGCGAUUCAGCUGAUCGGAGUGCCGGCCAGUUCCGACAAAACCGGUGACAUCGAGGUGGAAAUCAAAGUGCCAAGCGAGGCCAAAGUGGGAUCCUCGGUGGAGCUCGGAUGCGAAUGGCGGCUGUUCGGCCAAAGGGGACUCUACUCGGUGAAAUGGUACAAGGACGAUCACGAGUUCUUUCGAUACGUACCGGACGACAAUCCCAGGAUACAAACGUUCCCGCAACCGGGCGUGAACAUCGACAAGAAAUGGAGGAACGAGAAAUCGAUCAGGCUGAGGAAUCUUGGCGUGGCGAGCUCUGGACAGUACAAGUGCGAGGUAUCCACUGAGGCGCCGUCGUUCGCCACCACCUAUCGGGCAGGAAACUUGACGGUGAUCGCCAUGCCCGAGAGAGGCCCGGAAAUCACAGGACUAUCACCCUCGCAUUACGCCGUCGGGGAAAACGUGACAGCAAACUGUACGGUUUGGCCGUCCGUGCCAAAGGCCGCUCUUCGUUGGGUAAUCAACGGAAAACCGAUCGCGAGCGAGAAGACGAUCCUGUAUCCGGAUCGCGGAAAUUCUAGCUCGACGAGGGCGACGAGCAGCGUCGGGCUGCGUGUGGAGCUCGAGCCGAGGUACGUCGGGAACAUCAACGGUGCGACCACUGUAGCGAUCAAAUGCUUGGCGGAAAUCGGCUCGAACACGCUCGAGACGGAGAAAAUCGUGGCGAUCGCACGCGUGAACAACCAACGAUUGAGCGCGGGCGACACCAGGAGCAGAGGACACGUAACGCGUCGCGAGACCGAUCGUUUCUUGCUUCUCGCGCUUCUGAUACUGCUGAUGUUUGCGACGUGACAGGGACAGGAACAGGAACAGGAACAGGAACAAGAAACCGAGCACGGGAUCGCGUUACGACAGUCUCGCCGCGAAGGAGUUAUCUCGUAACGCGUCGAGUUCGAGUUCGAGUUCGAGUUCGAUGUUCGAUGUUCGAUGUUCGACGUUCGGCGUACGCGCGAUAAUCGCGUCUCGAUAUCCGUCUGAUUGCCAGUCCAUAAGUAUGCGAGUUGAAUUAGUUUACAGAAGUUUACCGAGCAAACGGGCGAACGAGGAGCUUUCCGAGCGUCGAGCGGACGCUCGAUGGUGAAACGAUAACCGGCGAUGUUUUACGAUUCCUAUUCGUCACUCGUGGGAUCGCUCGAUGCUUGGCUCGUUCGACCGUGCACGCUGUGAUAUUAAUGAUAAGACCCUAUGGAAGUAUAAUAACCGUGUACGUCAACGUCUUCGUUCGAUAAGACGCGUGUUAGAUUUUUUCUAGAUACCCAUCGUCGACGAAACGAAAGGAUGACCCGGAAAUCGUGGAGUCGAAGGGACGAAUUGCAACUUUCGCGCGAUGCACACAGCCUUGAGGUGGAAAACACGUAGUUGGCUCGAUUCGCAAGUUUGCACGAAACGAACGUUGUUCGAUAUCGACGGACACACUUGGAGUUUCAGUCAAAGAUAUCGAGAUUGUAUGUCACCGAGGAUCGAACCGAUUUUAUUCUAAACGUGAUUUAAUACGAUUUUAAUCGAGGAUAGUGAUUACGUAACGAAAGGAUAUUUUUAUAAAUUAUU